UAUGGGCGCCUCUUCCUACGUGGUUCACACCGCUCACUUACACGACGACGACGAGCACAGGUGCUGAUUAACUGUUCAUUACUGUUACCGCAUACAACGACCACAGGACACUAGACAAUUGACAUUCAUUGUCAAUAGAAAACAAUCAGGCUGGCUUCCUACUUCUCUCAACGAGGACGGUCAGCCUCCUCCUCUCUCUCCUCAGGUCGCCUCGCCCCAUCAACAAUGCCCCGCCCUCGCACUUCCUUCCUCCCAUCAUGGCGACGCGAGCGCUUCAUCCUCGUCGGCGUUGUAUCCCUCAUCGCCUGCGUGCUGUUGUUCAAGCCUAGUUUGCUGUUCAGCCUCCCCAAGCCGCAGCCAUGUGCACCUCUCCAGCCUGUAGAGCUCGCGAAGCCUGUCGACCCACUUCCACAGGCACCCCUACCGCCUAUCACCACUCUCCAAGGUGCGCUAGGCAAGCAAGAACCCGAAGAGAUCCGCUUGUAUUGGGGAACAGCGUUGCCCCCGGAGACCCGCAUCCUCUCCCACUCUCCUGGGUUCACGGUGUUCGAGAACCUGUACAUGAUGAACGGGACGACAUUCGUCGUUACCAUCUCUCCAGAAGAAGUGCCAGACCUCAGAUACGUUCUCGGGAGCGGGGCGGAUAACCCGGGGUAUCUCGAUCCUGUGCAGGACCCGACGGACAAGGACAUGCAGGUUAUCACCCCGAAGCAGGCGAGGGAGUGGUUUGGCGCCAGUGCGGUGAACUUGCAGGGGAAUACGCUUUGGGCACACGAGUCGGCUCAGAUGUUGCCGCAUUAUUACCAUUUUUGCGCAGAGCUGUUCUUCGGUAUUUGGCGCGCAUAUACCUCACUCGCACCUUCUAUUAGCGAUGACGGCCAGACGACACUUCCCCUACCACGCCGCUGGAUCUUCCCGCACGUCGAUACCAACGGCUGGCGGGACUAUGCGCGUAUGAACCAAUACGUGCUCUUCUCGGCCAUGCCCUCCAUCCAGCUCCUGUUCAAGGCAGGCUUCCAGGACUUUGCAGAGUUCGAACGACCUUUCGUUCUUGAACGCGUCGUCAUGUGUGAUCGGGGCGCGGCGAUCCGUGGGUCAGGGUGGAUGCCAGCGCAGAGGCUUGCGAGCCAGGCUUUCGAGCACCGACACGUCGACAACUGGUGGGAGCCUAUUAGGCGGAACGUCGUCAGAUUUGCGACAAACGACGGGGACCAGCGCGUUGCUGUCCCUACACUGCCCGGUCCUGCUGUAUUGGGUCGCAAGACAAAGCCCAAGGAGGAAAAGCCCGUGAUCACCUAUGUGAGCAGGCAGAAUUGGAAUACGCGUAGUCUGCGCGCGGAGGAUCACGAGACGCUAGUCAAGGCAUUGUAUCGACUGAGGGAUACAUAUGGCUAUGAGGUCAACGUGGUUACAAUGGACACGCUUACGCGCAGUGAGCAGAUCGCGUUAGCGGCCCGUACGACUAUCCUUAUCGGGCCUCACGGGAACGGCCUCACCGCCCUGCUGUGGAUGAAGCCUACUCCUCGCUCCGCGGUGAUGGAGUUCUUUUUCCCCACCGGCUGGGCCUACGACUAUGAGUGGACCGCCCGCCACCUCGGCAUCAAGCACUACGGCUGGCACUUUGACACAUAUGACCAGUAUCCGAACAUCCCCCCUGCCAACCAUUAUCCGCCUGGGUAUCAGGGCACGGACAUGCCCAUCGAUGGCGAGGCUGUGGCUAGGGAGAUUCAGAAGCGUCUAUCUGGACAGACGGAAUAAGAUGCCGAGUCAGCAGACUGUAGAUCUCUUAUCCCUAUCGGACACUCUAGUGAACUAGUUGUAAC